AUGAACAACGCCAAGACUGUCUCCUCCUUAAAGAUCAAGAACCGAAUUUUCAUCAUCUCGGGCACCCAUGGCGCAGUACCUCAACCGGUGGAAUAUGACAAAACACUGAACCUGGCCGAUGUAUCCAUCCGCUGCGGCAACCUCGACCUGCUGAGGUCCUCUCAAGCUCGUCAUAGCCACUACUCGGCGCUCGAUGGCCCGGUUUUCCGACGCAGGUUCGCUGAUAUGGCACCUCCCUUGGUCGCUAUGAUCUUCAUCCGGAGACGUAGUGGUGACUUUAGCGCGUCGCGGUGUGCCAAGGUUGCUGCCAUCGUCUUCCUCGACGACCAUGACGACCAUGGUGACAAGGGAGGAGGAGGGGAACAGACCGACACUAACACUCAUACCUUGACGCUCGCCAAUGCUGCAUCACUGAAUGUCUACGCGAGUCCCCCACCUCACGCUGUCCUCGCCGUGGGCAGACGGUUGUAG